GGAAUAAUAAAAACUUUUUUUUUAAAAAAAAAAAAGAAAACAGAAAAUGGAAAGAACAGCAUUAAUUUCAGUCGAACACUCGCAACGAACGACUCACAUUAAACUUCCCGAAGACUUGAAAGUUGAUACUACUUAUACCCCCAUUGUUACCUCAAGAAAUGAACAAAAAGAAGAGGUGGAUGCAUGCAUUAUAGAUCAUGGCAUCCAAUGCAUGGUCUCUCCUCAAUACUCCCUCAGCUAACAACAACAUCCCUUCUUCCACCACCACUUCUUUCUUCUUACUGUUUAAUACCCAUUCCACCCCAAAAACCCUCCCGGCCGCCGGCGGCGGGAGGACGCCUCCGUUGCCACGUGUCGCACGUAAGAACCGCUCUUCAUACCCAGCCAUUUCCUGCGUUUCCACCCCACCUCGGCAAAAAGAAGAAGCAAAAACGAAUAUUAAUCACACCCACAAAUUAUUACCAAACACAACUCCUCCUCCUGAACAUAAAAAAGCCGCAGCUGCUCCGAACUCAUGCCCUCUAACUCCGGUGGGCUUUCUCGAAAGAGCCGCCGUGGUUUACGGCGACUGCUCAUCCAUUGUUUACAACGAAACGACAUAUAAAUGGUCGGAAACAUACACCAGGUGCCUGAAGCUCGCUUCUGCUAUAUCAUCAUUAGGGAUCAAGAAAGGCGACGUCGUUUCGGUCGUCGCCCCGAAUAUUCCAGCCAUGUACGAGCUCCAUUUUGCAGUCCCAAUGACUAACGCCAUUCUCAACACCGUUAACCUCCGGCUGGAUGCUCGAACCAUCUCCAUCCUGCUCCAGCACUGCGAGUCAAAGCUCGUCUUCGUUGACCACCAGUCAACGAGCGUCAUCCUUGACGCCAUCUCUCAGUUCCCUCCAGACUCCCAAAAACCCAUUUUAGUCCUCGUAACCGAGUCUCAUCAUCACAUUCAUAAUAACAAUAAUAAUCCCAAUGGUGCUUGUUUCCAUCGGGAAACAUAUGAGGAAAUGAUAGAGAAAGGGAGUCAAGAUUUCGUGUGGCUCCAGCCGGAAGACGAGUGGGAACCGAUGACGUUGAACUACACCUCCGGCACGACUUCUUCACCUAAAGGCGUGCUGCACAGCCACCGCGCUCUCUUCGUCCAUACGGUUGACGCGCUGCUGGAUUGGCCUUUGCCUAAGAACUCAACCUACUUGUGGACCCUACCCAUGUUCCACGCAAACGGGUGGAGUUACACGUGGGGCACCGCGGCAGUUGGGGCAACCAACGUUUGCCUGCGUAGGGUGGACGCGCCUUCGGUGUUUGAGGCCAUCGGCAAACACAAGGUGACGCACAUGUGCGGCGCCCCGGCGGUGUUGAACAUGCUGUCGAACUUCCCGGCGCGUAGCCAUGAGAAGCUGGAACGUCCGGUUCACGUGCUGACGGCUGGAGCUCCUCCGCCGGCCGCAGUGCUGGCCCGGACGGAAGCAAUGGGAUUUGUCGUAAGCCACGGUUAUGGUUUAACGGAGACUGCCGGGCUGAUGGUGACGUGUGCGUGGAAAGAAGAAUGGAACUCGUUGCCGGCGUUGGGACGGGCAAAGCUCAAGGCGAGACAAGGAGUUAGGACGGCGGGAUCCGCCGGAGCUGACGUGUUAUGCCCGGAAACCGGAAAGAGUGUGGAACGCGACGGUUCGACGAUGGGUGAGAUUGUUUUAAAGGGCGGGGCGGUGAUGCUGAGUUACCUGAAAGAUCCAGAAGCUACGGCGAGAUGCAUGAAGAAUGGGUGGUUUUAUACGGGUGACGUGGGCGUGAUGCACCCGGAUGGAUAUUUGGAGGUUAGGGAUAGGUCUAAGGACGUGAUUAUUUGUGGCGGGGAGAACUUGAGCAGCGUGGAGGUGGAAUCGGUGUUGUACACUCAUCCGGCGGUGAAUGAGGCGGCUGUGGUGGCCAGGCCGGAUAAGUUUUGGGGGGAGACGCCUUGUGCUUUCGUGAGCUUGAAGGCGGAGGCGGAGGUCAAGCCGUCGGAAAAAGAUGUCAGGGAGUUUUGCAAGGCGAGGUUGCCGCUUUAUAUGGUGCCGAGAACGGUGGUGUUUAAGGAAGAGCUUCCUAAGACGUCCACCGGUAAGAUUCAAAAGUUUCUGCUUAGGGACAUGGCUAAGUGGCUCUAGCCUUUUCUUUUCAUUUCUUUUUUAAAGUUUUCUUACACUAGGUGUUGUUAUUGUUGUCCAGUAAUUAGAACCACGUUACGGUUUGUUUAAGAGUCUAGCUAUAUGAAUAAUAAAUAAAUUAAUUAACGAUUUCAAAGAGAAUAAUAUAAUUCGAAUUAGUGAAGAUCGAGAAUUCAGGUACGAGGAAUGAAUUGAAAAAAAAGAGCUAAACCUGAGAUCCAACUCCAGUUGUAAUGACUGUGAAGUGUACUCAAUAGAUGCAAUAGUUUUCCUGAUAUAAAUAUUCCAGCAUUGCCCGGAACUCUCAUGGUUGCAAUAUUAUUAGAAAUUCGUCAUUUAAUUAAUCAAGAAUGUAAUCAUUUCUUUUGUAGUUCCGGCCGCUUUGGCAUGCAUGAUUUCUGUAGUAUGUUGAAAAUUUUUUUUGUACAAACUUACACAAACAUAAAUUUCCAUUGGUGUAGCCUUGUAUCCCCAGGAUUUGGACUAGGGACAUCACAUACUUGAAAUCAUCGUUAAAAAAUAAUUUAAGUCGAAUUUCUUAUUCACAUAAUGUACUCUUCUUUAUCAUAAUUAUAACACAAAUUUAAAAUAGUAUGGUGCAGGUCUAAAUUUGUACUUUAUAAUUAGGACAGAAGUGAAUAUUGAUUUUAUGAUUAAGGCUCUUAUUUCAUUCUUUGUACCAAGACAUACUAGUGCUUGAUAAAUGCACGAGUACAUUCAUCCAUCUUGGGUUUUCGAAAGAAAUGUAUUUUUAAAAAGAAUCCAUAUCGUGGUUUGGGCUUAGGUUCAAAUGCCAAAUUACUCAAAAAGUCAAAACCACUUUGCAAGCUUUAUGAUUGAAGCCUUGAAGGUAGUGGGAUAUACAUAUUUACUGCCUGAUGGAUAUCCUAAUUCCUCGCACCCAUUGAUCAUUUGUAAUUUGUCCAUCAGGUUGUGAGUCAUGGGUUUCUCUGUUGUUCAAGAAAUUGAAAUUACGUCGGUCUGCUGAAGAGCCUUUUAGCAUUGG